UUCCGGUUGCCUCCAGCUGGAAGGUUGAAUAUUGAGUGUCCUGGGAGGUCAGAUUGCUGUCAGACAUGGCUGCUGGACAUGGUCACGAACACGGACAUGGUCAUGGUAAAAUGGAACUUCCAGAUUACAGACAGUGGAAAAUUGAAGGGACGCCAUUAGAAGCACAGAAGAAGCUUGCUGCACGAGGGCUGAGGGAUCCAUGGGCUCGCAAUGAGGCUUGGAGAUACAUGGGCGGCUUUGCAGACAAUAUCACCUUCACAAGCGUAAUGUUAAAAGGAUUCAAAUGGGGGUUUGCUGCCUUUGUGGUAGCUUUAGGGGCCGAAUAUUUCCUGACUUCCCAUGAGGAUAAGAAGCGUCACUGA